UAAACAGCUGUGGGUCCUUCCUCUUCCUGCUCCUCUCAGUGUUGGAGAUGUAGCUCUGUGUGUUUAGUUUAGUGAGUUAUCUGUGAGCUCGGCGCUGUGCCAGUAUGUGACAUGCUGCUGGUACUGUUUGCUGUGCUGUGUAGUUCUGGACUGUAGCGCUGCGGGCUGUUUGAUUGGUGUAUUUUUACCCUUUACCCCACAUUUCUUCAUGAGAAGAAGUCAAAGAAACAGAGGAACACAGGGAGGUCUGGCUCUGAUCUCGGACUAAGACUGUAUCCAGCCUCUCUCUCUCAGCUCACAGGUUGGGGGAUAAACCUGGUCUUAAGCCGGACUGCUCCUCCGUCCCUCCAGUUUAAAGCGGAGUGUAAAUCAUGCUGCUGUCUCUGCUGUCUCUCUCCGAGCUGUGGACGGGGUGUGUGGACUACAUCUCCAGACCCUGCACUCUGCUGCUCAGCCUCAUCACUGCCUCCCUCUUCUGUCUGUGGGGUCGGGAGGGGCAGGUACCCCUGUUGGUGUGUGGGGAUGGCUUUAGGGUGUUUCUGCAGAGACACUGUCCCGUUGUGGUGGAGCGUUUCUGUCCUACGCCGUGGUGCUGGGGUGGGCGUGUUCAAACACUUGUGCGUGCUUUUAUCAAGUCCAACACUGAUGUCACAUACCGCAAUGAGCUGAUCAGAACGAGCGACGGCGGUCAGAUCUCACUAGACUGGGUUGAUAAUGCUAACAGCGCCACGCACCCACAGCGAUCCACACGGCCGACAAUUCUGUUCCUGCCUGGAAUGACCGGAAACAGCCAGCAAACAUACAUCCUGACAGCUGUCCAGCAUGCCACUCAACUUGGAUACAGGUGUGUGGUGUUGAAUAACAGAGGUUUUGGAGGCGAGGAACUGCUGACUCCUCUUACAUUCUGUGCUGCUGAUGUAGACACAGUCGUCAAUCAUGUCAAAGAACUUUACCCACAAGCACCUUUGCUCGGAGCUGGUGUGUCACUUGGAGGUAUGUUGUUAAUGUAUUAUCUGGCCUGUAAGGGACAAGACUCCAAGAUAGUUGCUGGUCUCACCAUAUCUGUGGUUUGGGAAUCUUUUGAAACCUCUGUAUCCCUGGAGCAGCCAAUCAACAGGCUCCUUUUCAACAGACAUAUCGCCAUCAACUUAUGCCUUGCUGUCAAGAGACACCGAAAGAUCCUGGAGAAGGCGAUUGAUGUGGAUCACGUGUUGAAGGCUCGUACAAUUCGGGAGUUUGAUGAGCGCUUCAGAUCUCCGAUAAAUGGCUACAAGACCUGUGUUGACUAUUACAAAGAUGCCAGCCCUGUGUACAAAUUGCAGCAGACUAAAGUACCUGUUCUGUGUUUAAACGCUGCUGAUGACCCCUUUUCCCCAAAACACGCAUUACCGGUAGGUCUCGUUCAAAGAAUGCCCAACGUGGCUCUGUUGGUGACCGCUCACGGAGGACACAUCGGCUUUCUGGAGGGUCUCUUUCCUAAAAGCGAGGGCUACGUGGACCGCCUGUUCAGACAGUUUAUCUGGGCUGCUUUUGAACACCUGGAGGAGCUGAGAGAGGCCUGUAACAUCAAGGAGCAUCUCACAGAGUAACAAAACUUCUAUAAUCUGUGUUUAACCAGUUAUUCAAUGCAUUCACCGCUCAGUUCAAUAAAGUAGAUUUCCGGUGCACAGUUAAUUAUCACAGCUCACGUAAAAGAAUAUUAAAUUUUGACAUUUCAUAAUACUUUUUUCAUUUUUUGUUUGCACAUAAGUGAUCAUUUUGAGUGAUCAUUUUUAUAGGGCAUUUAUUGUUAUAUAUGUUACACAUGAUGUAAUAAUGUGGCCAGUUGAGUAGAAGCAAAAUGCUGUAUUUACACACAAACAAAUACAUUCCUUUGUCUUGGGCUAUAUAUUCACACAGCAGGUGAAAAGUAACCAAAAUCUGAUUUUCCUCACCAAAUCUUAUAUUUAUUUUAGACUGUUCACACUGUUUUCUAAAUUGUAUUUGAACUGACAUUCAUUUGAACUCUCCCCUGUGUAACUAAUGUGCAUGCACAAAAGAGCAACAUUCCAGGAUCAUUGGAUACAUGUUCAAGAUCAUUGGAUAAAAGUUCAGGCUGGUCUUAUCAUGUAGAAAUGAUUUGAACUUGUUGUAAAAAUGGCACGUUAUCUGUGUCCUAUCCUUAAAUGUAUUUUUAAAGCUUUUUAUUUUCCUUUGAUGCUGUAGCCUGGUCUUGUGGCUGUGUCCAGCCAUUUCAUUGAAAUCACUGAGUGGCUGCUUUUUCAUUAUUGCACCAGUGAAAUCCUCAUUUACCUCUGUCAGGCAUUUUCCAGGCUACUCUCUUCCAUAAUUUCUAUGCAUUACUGCAUAUUGGAUAUGUUCCAGGUUUCAGUACUACAUACUGAAGUGGCCCAAAUGAGAAAUGAAAUUAUUAAUACUUUUACCUGCUGUGUGAAUGUAGCCUAUAGGUGUAUUUUGCAGAUAUUAGGACAUUUGUACACAUAAUUAUAUACAUUCACCGGCCAUUUUAUUAGGUACACCUGUCUAACAGCUCAUUUAACGCAAAUGUCGAAUCAGCCAAUCAUGUGGCAGCAACUCAGUGCAUUUAGGCAUGUAGAAAUGGUCAAGACGAUCUGCUGCAUUUGAAACCGAGCAUCAGAAUGGGGAAGAAAGGUGAUUUAAGUGACAUUGAACGUGACAUGAUUGUUGGUGCCAGACGGGCUGGUCUGAGUAUUUCAAAAGCUGCUGAUCUACUGGGAUUUUCACUCACCACCAUUUCUGAGGAGGUCAGAGGAGAAUGGCCAGACUGGUUUGAGCUGAUAGAACGGCAACAGUAAGUCAAAUAAGCACUCGUUACAACAGAGGUCUGCAGAAGAGCAUCUCUGAACGACAACACGUCCAACUUUGAGGAGGAUGAGCUACAGCAGCAGAAGACUGCAGCUAAGAACACAAUAAUAAGUUCACUCUACUGGAAUGGCCUCCACAGUCACCAGAUCUCAAUCCAAUAGAGCAGCUUUGGGAUGUAGUUGAACAGGAGAUUCAAAUCAGGAGAUGUGCAGCCGACAAAUCUGCAGCAGCUGCGUGAUGAUAUCAUGACAAUAUGGACCAGAAUCUCGGAGGAAUGUUUCCAGUACCUUGUUAAAUCUAUGCAAUGAAGGAUUAAGGCAGUUCUAAAGACAAAAGAGGGUUCAAUCCGGUACUAGCAAAGUGUACCUAAUAAAGUGGCCAGUUGAGUGCAUGUAGUUAAUAUUUUUUUUUGUGCAAUAAUCCACUUUUAAUGCACUAUUUUAAUGCAAUGUUCAAAUGCGUUAUUCUUAUGUACUUAUUUAUUUUCUUUAAAAAAAAGAAGCUUUUGACGGUAAAACUGUAAUUGUUCAUUUCCAUAGAUUCUCAAUAACUGAUAACCGAUGUAUGAAUUUUCAGAUCUCAAUCUCAAUGUUGUAAAAAAAAAAAAAAAAAGAAACUCCAGCAUUUAGACAAAUGUUUGCACUACUUCUUUAUAGGAUGUGGCCAAAGGUAUGUCAUUCUGAAUAGGGAUUUGUCCACACAGCCACUUUUCUUCUGUGAAAGUUUCACAACAGAUGUUGGAAUUUUUGCAGUGAUGAUACACUUCCUAUCAUCUACAAGCAUUAGUGGGGUUGCUCACUGGUGUUGGCUGAAAAAAAAAAAUAUCUUCAAUGGAUCCGGACUUUUGCUAGACAGAUGAUUGUUCAUUACCGAAUUCUCAUAUUAAUAAUAGGAUUAAAGAAAAAAAAAUUGUGACCCAGAGCUUCACAGCUGAGCUGUUCCACAUCAGGGUAACAGCUCUUACAGUUAAGCCCUUACAGAAAGACCUGGUGUGUCUUAUAGUAAACAGAACAGCUGCAUGCUUAAUUUCAUACACAUAGCUAUAAAUGUGGCUAAAAUAGCUGAACUGUUUUCACAUACUUUUGGUCAUAUGCUGUAUUUGAAUAAAGGUUUUUUAAAUGUUGGAUACCCUGUUACAGAAAAAAAUAAUGGUCGUAAUGCACUGAUGUUCGUUUAUUUAUUAUUUGAAAAAAAAAAAAAACUGGGAAUUGCUGUUACUUGCCAGUGUAGACACAUACUGAAUGUGGUUGUACUGAAUGUUACAUCUGUUCAAUUAUUUCAUACUAUAUUUGUUUUGCCUGUGAAAUACUUCUAUUUGGCAGUGCUGUAAAGAACAAAUGACAUUUCCAAACUAGCCAUUAUUUCAAUUUUAUUUUAUACUUCAGCAUAUGUAGGUAGAUAUUAAAGCACUGAAGAAGUGUUUUGUGUAACGCACAUGAUUUAAAGGUCAUCAAAUGUUCAUGGCACUAUUUUAAAGGCCAUGAUCACUUAAUUAUAAGUCAUUGAAGUCUGUUUUUCUGUCUUCUAUUUUCUGUUUUCUGUGUUUCUUUCUGGGCUGGUACCCACUUUAAGUGUACACCUGAACUAAGUGGAUUUCUAAUGCUGCUUCAUAACCUAGAUUGCAAUUUAGAUUUUGAGUGUAAGAGUUGGCUUACAGGAUCAUUUUGCUGCAUUCUGCAUAAUUAAAACUUUGAAAUGCAAACAA